CACACUUCGACAAAGCGCGUUGUAGCAGUCUUUGUCGAAGUGUUUAUCAAAGCGUGCCUAUAGCAUGCAAUCGAUAACUGUGCUGCGUGCGGCGCAGAUUCGUGCUCGGAAGGUGAACCCGCUGACGCUGAUGCUGCCCGCGACUCGGCUGGCUUCGGCCACCUUUUCCAUCUCAACCUCAUCUCAGAAUAACGCUUUGCUCAGAGACUGCGGUGGGCUCUCGGCUCUUGACAUGAUUGCCAUAGGAGGUCAACUGCACGUUGUGUUCGCUGCGCUGGAACUUCUCAGCGUCCUGACUGUCGGCGACGCCAUGUUCAACCUGGAUUCCUUUCCCUACUGGGCACUUCCAAAUGCAACCCGGACCACGUGAAGGACGUGAUGGAGUAACGCGGAGAGAAAAAUCUUUGGGGCUUUAGGGAUUUCUUUGAAUUAGUCGACUAAGCAUUUCACGAUAUGAUGGCUUCAACGUU